CGCAACAAUUUUUUGCACUUACUCCAUUCAACCAAUCGAUAUCCAUCAACAUUCUCACAAUGCAGGACCCCGAGCAUGAUCCUUUCCAGGGUGACAACGGCGAGGAGGAGGACUUUGAGAUCCUCGCCCCCAUCCUCGUCGCCAAGCUUGCCGAGUAUGGCAUCUCUGUUCAAGACACCCAGAAGCUUGCCGACGCUGGUCUCCACACAGUCGAGGCCGUCGCGUUCACGCCCAAGAAGCAGCUCUGCACUAUCAAGGGCAUCAGCGAGGCCAAGGCGGACAAGAUUCUGGCCGAGGCGUGCAAGCUAGUUCCCAUGGGAUUCACGACGGCAACGGAAAUCCACGCGCGGCGAUCCGAGCUCGUUCACAUCUCGACCGGAUCCGUGGGCCUCGACACGAUUCUCGGAGGCGGUAUUGAGACUGGAGCUAUUACGGAGCUGUUUGGCGAGUACCGUACUGGAAAGUCGCAAAUAUGUCACACCCUUGCGGUGACCUGCCAACUCCCUGUCUCCAUGGGCGGUGGUGAGGGCAAGUGCCUGUAUAUCGACACCGAGGGCACUUUCCGUCCUGUGCGCAUGCUGGCGGUCGCCGAACGAUACGGCCUGAACGGAGAGGAGGUUCUGGACAACAUCGCCUACGCCCGCGCCUACAAUGCCGACCACCAGAUGCAGCUCCUCGUCCAAGCCAGCGCAAUGAUGGCCGAGUCUCGAUUCUCCCUUCUCAUUGUCGACUCGUGCACCUCGCUGUACCGCACCGACUUCUCCGGCCGUGGAGAGCUGUCGGCACGUCAAAUGCACCUCGCAAAAUUCCUUCGCACUCUGAUGCGUCUUGCGGACGAGUUUGGCGUCGCCGUCGUUGUCACGAACCAGGUUGUCGCCCAAGUCGACGGUGGCCAGUUUGCCUCAGCCGAUGCCAAGAAGCCAAUUGGCGGUAACAUCAUGGCCCAUGCUUCGACCACGCGCCUGUCCUUGCGCAAGGGACGUGGAUCAUCUCGUGUGUGCAAGAUUGUCGACAGCCCAUGUCUCCCAGAAGCCGAGGGCAUCUUUGCGAUCAACGCCAAUGGUAUUGGUGACCCCGAGGAGAUGAAGGAGUAGGCGGGCUCUGUGCAUAGGCG